AUGUCCAGCUACGAGACUGAACACGCUUCCGAUCCGCCCAAUCGCUCUGAGGCCCAACCCCGAAGGCCUGACCUCUCCUCGUUCCUGAGUCUCCUCUCCGAAGUCACACCUGAUCGACCGGAAGAGCGGUCUCGGGAGGGAGCAGUCCCUGUUCCGGCGGAUGUGUCUGCGGUCUUUCGCUCGCUCGCAGAAGCAUUUCAGGUCAUGCUCAGGAUAAACGACAAUGCCGACUCCAACUUGCUCGAGAGCAUGAUAGAGAACCUGAUGGAGACUGCCGAGCGUCCUCCGCGAGAGGUGAAAGGCGUGGACGAGGAAUACAUUGCAGCAUUGGAGCGAGUGAAUGUCAAGAAAGUCAAGAAGGAUGCCGAUUGCCCCAUCUGCGGUAACGCGUUUGUCGAGGACGCUCACCCGCUUCUGGUGCGCUUGCCAUGUCAUCAGAGUCACAUAUUCGACCUCGAAUGCAUCAGACCUUGGCUCCUGGUUAAUGGCACAUGCCCUCUCGACCGGAUCGACCUGGCUCAGAGAGAAAGAGACCGCAAGAAAAAGCACCUGGAGGAGAUCAAGAAGAAUGCCGCACCAGAGGAUGAAGAGGAAGAGUGGGAUGGACUAUAUGGCUGA